AUAUAUAUAUAUAUAUAUGUAUAUUAUAAUACGCUUAUAGUUAUCAGCGUAUUAGUUGCUUUGUAGUAUUUACUAUUUAGUGGCGUAGUUAUUCCAUGCUUCUAAUUGUUGUGUAAAUAGAUUUAACUAAUUUCAUCAUUAUUCAUAACAAUUGUUAUAACUAACACGUGCUGGGAUUUGUAAAUUCUUUAAAUUAAAUUCAUUUUGGGAACUUAAUAUUAUCAAACUUUAAAAAAUAUAUAUAUAUUUAUCUGAAAUGACUCUUAAUCGUCCGAAACCAAGUGCUAGUCCAUCAGAUGAUUCAGCUGUUGGUGAUAUGAAUAGUAAUGGAACAAGUACAACAAGUAGUAGUAAUGGUGAAGCAUUAUGUCCGGAAACUACUUCAACGACAACAACAGAAAGUUUAACUGAAUCAUAUACAAAACUAGCACUAACUAAACGACAAACAUCUCUUGUCAUAGAAUCUACCGCCGAUUCAAAUGAUCCAGGGAAAAUGUUUAUCGGUGGCCUCAGUCCUACUACAACAUCUGAGGGUUUACGGGACUAUUUUCAAAAAUAUGGUGAGCUUAGGGAAUAUAUGAUUAUGCGUGAUCCUCUUACAAAAAGAUCAAGAGGUUUUGGAUUUAUUACAUUUUCUGAUCCAGUAUGUGUGGAAAAAGUUCUUGAAACAGCUCCACAUAUUUUGGACUAUAAAAAGAUUGAUCCAAAACUUGCUGUUCCUCGUAAAUCUGGUCAAAAUACAAAAGUAUCUACAAAAACUAAACGUGUAUUCAUCGGUGGAGUUGCAACACAAACAACAAAUGAAGAAUUAAGUGAAUACUUUAGUCAAUUUGGCAAGCUAGAAUCAUGUGAAUUAAUGAUGGACAAGUCAACUAAUCGACAUAGAGGCUUUGGAUUUGUUACUUUCGAAUCAGAAGAAUCAGCUGAAAAAGUUUGUGAAAUUCAUUUCCAUGAUUUGCAUAAUAAAAUGGUUGAAGCUAAAAAGGCCGUUCCAAAAGAAGUGAUGAGUACAAAUAAUUCCUUGAUUAAGCAACGACAUCAGUUUAUUCGUGCUCCAAUUUCACAUUUUCUUCCUGCUCAGUUGAAUGGAGCUGCAGCGGCGGCUGCAGCAGCAGCUGCUGCUUCAUAUACAUUAACAGCAACAUCACCAAUUACAGCACGUCAACCAAGUGCCUAUGCUUACUUACCUGGAUAUUAUCUAUCUCCAGGUGAGUGUCCUCUAUCACAACCCCUCUCAGUCUUCUUACCUCCAACUGCUAUUCUUCCUCCAUAUGCUAAUGUAAUCUCCAUGACCUAAAAAUUAUGUUAUUUAUAUUAGUCAUAACUCAGUGAAAAUGUAAUAUCUAUAUUCUUAAUGGGUAUGCAAAUAUAUAUAUAUAUAUAUAUAUA